CUCAAUUACUCGUAAGCCGAGAGGUGGGACCGGGUACCAGUCUAUGCCAAGAAUGCACAUCUGCACAGAAAUAGAGAAACAUGUUUGAAAGUUUGUUGGACAUCGGCAUGUAACAAUUAAUAAAUACAAUAUUCUUAGUGUUCUCGAAUGGAAAGGUAAAGAGAUAUGUCUGAGUUUCCGCACCUAAAAAAUGACAGCAGUUUAGAAUUAAACAGGGAUGUGUCUAUUCCUGAGUGUUCUGAUAUUUUGGUUGCAUCACGUGAAUUUGACAGACUUCGACGUGACCGUUUGACUGAUGGUGUAAGAGAUGGAAUAGCAGAAGGGCAGGAAAAAGCAUUGCAAGGUGGAUUUCAAGAUGGCUUUAAGCAUGUUGUAGAAUUGGCCUGUGAAAUUUCCAAGCUGAAGGCUCAGUUAAGCACUCUGCAGUCCCUGCGGCGCAAUAGCGUGACGCUCUCGCAGGCGGAAGAGUUGGACGGGCUGCAGCGGGACCUGGACGACCUGCUGUACAAGCUGCAGGACUCCAUCGGGACGCCGAAGGUCGAAGGGCAGGAAGAAGGUUGCCGCGGCGACGGCGACGGCGACGCGGCGGCAUCGGACGUUCGCGGGGAGUUGCGGCGUCUCGAGGAGAGGGUGAGCGCGAUCAUCGCGCAGAUCUACGCGAGCGGUUGAUGCCGACAACCCAAUGAUCGGCGUCUGUCUCUCGCGCAUCCUCCCCGAUUGUCCGGCGACGGAUCCUAACCGAGACUCCGCACAUAGUCGGAAUCGUCUGCACAUCAGCCACCACUGCCUUCACUAGA